GUUUGAAUAAAAAGGGGAAACCGAUCACAGGGUUUUGGGACGGAAAUGGAGAGUGAAGGAAUGGGACCACCUGAACAGAUCUGAUGUAAUUCGGUAGUAGCGUGCAUGUUUGGGGGUCUUCUCCACCUAGAAUGGAGCAGCAGUUCCUCAUGGAGGUCUCCGGACCUUUCAGCGCUGAGAUCUGCGUGUUUUCUUCAAAAACGAUCCGAGCGGAUCCGCCCAGGAAGUGGCAGACAGGGCAGAGAAAGAGCAGCGAGGCAGAAGAGCAAUUUAUCAGAAACUUUACACGCUCGUUUCUUCUCCGGCGCUCGAGUUCGUUUUGGCGGUUCAAUCGCACCUUUUUCUGUGUAAGAGUAGAAACAGAAGCCGCUCAGGAAGGUCUCGCUGGCGGAAGUUGGAAACCAGUAUGAAUGGCGGGGGUUAUCUUAAUGUGCGUGAAGUGCGUGAGCAGACAGUAAGGUGCUUUUUGCUCCAGGCACUUUUUAGCUAACUCUUUGAGAGCUCGCGCGCGUGGAUUAAACUGUGUUUUUGUCUUUAUUUGACCUCUCCGGAUCCUGUUAUCAUGACGGUAAGCUUCCCGCUCAGUAGUCUUUGCUUCUGUCCUGAAAACACUUUGUUUUUCUUUUCUUGUCACGUCUUCCUGAACUGAAGUGUGUCAAAUGAACUCUAAAGUUAGCUUAAUUCCCUCUAACUUUCGUUAGCCGCAUGUAGCUAGCUGCCGUCUCUGGCUACCGUUGUGCUCGAGGUGAGCUUAAAAACUCGUACAAAUGAAACUUGGUCCUAAAGGGUUUUGCUGCUUUGUGAGGGAGUUUCUUACCCCGUUUAGUUGUUUACAGAGGUGAGAUGUGUCAUUACCUGCAGCGAUGCGACAGUUUUCGUGCCAGCUGUGACACAGCAACCAAAAAGUAACAAGCGUGUUUUCAGGACCUCCUCGGAUACAUUAAAGCAGAAAAUACUUCAGACAUGCACAAACUGGGACAUUUUAAUGGAGCCUGGUGAAAAAUUAGUAAAGUUUUAAAUUAAACCUGAUGAAGAGCCUCAGUUUGGAGAAACAGCGAGGUCAAAAUAGGGCUAUGUGUCUUUUGUAUUUGCUAGUAGGUUCACUGAGAAACCGUUUUCUACUUGUUUUUUCUGAAAUACGAACAGUCACUCUGAGUUUCACAUGCAAGCUUAAUGUCAAAAUAGUCUUCUACCCCAUCUCCUGCAUUAGUCGUUUAUAGAAAAUACUCAAGGAAUGUUGGAUUAGAAAAGCCAAUCAGAUCCACCGCACGUUAAAAAUAAACAUUGAUGGACUCACCCAUCUUGGCUCAUGACGGGGAAAUCUUGGUUGGUUCGGGGGCCAGGAGAGAGCAGAGCACGUCUCUGCUAGUAGAAGCUAACUGCUAGCAUUUGCAUCUCCACAAUAGAGUGGAACUCUUUUCUUGAUUAUGUAUUUACAGAGUAGCUAAAUUUUUGUUAUCUCCCAUGAUUUUAUUUGUUGGCGGUUUUAAGGUUUGCUAUGCAGAGUAAAUGCAUAAGAAUCUAGAAAAGAAACAGACGAUGAAUAAAGUGAAGAUGGCAGAACUAUUUCAGGCUUGAGUUAUUUGUGGAGAUAAAACAUUAAAGAGCUAGUCACCCCCAAAUCUUCUUUUUUGCUGAUAAACUAUAUAAAUGAGUGUCUAAUCGUGCUGUAGACACAAGUAGUCAAUAAUUUGGCCCUAUAGUGCAUCUUAGUUAAAAUUUAAUUAUUCUGCCGAAAACUGUCAGUGUUGCGCCCUAUUCAAGUAAAAACUCUGCAGUACAUUUGAAUUUAAAUCUGCCAUCACUAUUGGCUAAGAGGUACCCUAUGAUGUCAGCUGGUACAUUAUGACAUCACAAUGCCAUUGCAAGCCUGUGUGUGUAUUUGUUAGCGCUCCGCCCUCCCUAUCUACCAGGCAACGUCUCCUUGUGGAGCAUGUUUCAAACAGGAAAUGAAAGUGGAGUUAGACUCUGGUAGGGGGUGACUUGCUCUUUAAUGUUGCAGAGAGGCAGUGGAAGAGUUGCAGUUCUGUUAGCCAAUCAGAGGCUAGAUUCAAUUCAAUUCAAAAAUACUUCAUUAAUCCCAGAGGGAAAUUGAUUAGAUGUGGACAACUGGACAUGUCAUGAUUAAUAAUGAUCCUGCUGGUUUCUUCCCCUGGCUACCUUCUACUUUUCCAGACAGGAGCGCUAGCGCGUUUUCCCCACUGAGAUUGACUCAAGGCAUUCAUUUACAAUAGAGACCAAAUGUGUUGAAAUAACAAAUAAGUGAACAAAAUAUUUAAAUGUCACUGGUUCAGCAUUUUGGCACAACUAUUAAGAAAUUCCAGCUCAGAAAAACUGGCUAGGAUUUUUCCAGCUCCAUCCCAUAACUCUAACCCAAUUUCACAGCGAGUAAUCAAAGUUUUAUGAAAUCUAUGGUGUUGCCAAGUUUUAGGAAUUAGUAUUUGCUUAACUAAUUCAUUUGUAUUUUUGUACUGUGUGGGCGUCGGAACGAGCCCCCGCACCAUGAGAACAAACGUCUCAGCUCUGAAGCCGAUCUUCAUCCGCGUACGUCACACGUCACGUGAUCAGGAAGCAGAACAUCCAUGUGUUAGGAGAUCGUUUUGGGCCGCUGCUGUAAAAAAAAGUGAGGCGCGAACCGGAAAAGCUUCUGCCGAUCACAAUUCAACAACGGAUUAUGAAAGAACGGAUAACGCUCGAAACGCGCAGAUUCUUCCUGAUGUAAGCGCCCGACCUCUUAAACUUCAAAAAGGGAUGGAUGUCAAAACUGGAUGAAGGCGGCGAGUGGAAGAAGCACUGGUUUGUCCUGACCGACGCCGGGCUGAAGUACUACAGAGACUCCACUGCAGAGGAGAAAGACGACUCGGACGGGGAGAUCGACCUGAAGUCCUGCGUGAAGGUGUCGGAGUUUGAUGUGGAGAAGAACUACGGGUUUCAAAUACAGACGCGGGAGGCUGUGUUCACGCUGUCGGCCAUGACGGCGGGCAUCAGGAGGAACUGGAUAGAGGUUCUGAAGAAGUGCAUCAGGCCCAGCAGCUCUCCAGACCUCACACAGCUACCCGACAACAACAGCGACAAGGAAAACUCCCACACACGCUUCUUGCCGUCUUCCCGUCUCCAUUCUUCUCGCCACGGCGACUCCCUCUCGGAUGCUCCCGCCUCGGCUCCUGUGACCAAAACCAGGUUUGACUACGUUGAGCUCUCUCCUGUUCCGGCCUUCUCCGGCUCUCUCCCUGCCGGUCAGAGAGAAGCAGGAGAGGGGCAAGGCCGAGAGCACGGCCAGUGGCAGGAGGAGAGGAACACCAGCAGGCAGUGGGAGGCCAUUCUGUCCAAGAAGGGCAGCGGCGUGGGCUCGAACCAGAGGCUACACGUGGAGGAAGAAAUCGAGAAGAAGUGGGCGGAGUUUGAACGCAUGCCGUUAAAAGACAUGAGCUCCUUCCCGUUGACGGGACCGCGGUCCUCUAGCCAGUCAGCCAACGAGGCGCUGCAGAGGGAGGUGGCGUCACUGAGGCCACAACUGGAGCAACUACAGCAGGGAGGAGGAGGAGGAGGAGGAGGAGGAGGAAGUGUGCGAGGCGUCUGUGGGCCUGAAGCUCCCUGCAGCCGCAGCCUGGCAGCCAUGGAGCGCGCCCACAGACAGGCGCUGGACGUGCUGCAGAAGCAACACGAGCGCCAGAUGAGGGAACUGGAGAAGGAGAAGGACCGGCUGCUGCAGGAGGAAGCCCAGGACACGGCACGAGUGAUGGACGCUCUGAAGAAGAAACACAAGGAGGAGCUGGAACGAGAGGUGGAGAGAGUGACGAGGCUGAGCGGCGGGAGGGUCGACCCCCAGACUCUACGAACCAACCAACAGGCAGAAGCUCAGGCGCUGCAGCGAGAGCUGGCCAGUCUGUCUGAGCGCUACUCUCACAAGUGUCUGGAUCUGAACCGCGCCGAGCAGAGGAACGCCGAGAGGGAGCGCGAAAUCAGCCAGAAGGAGAGGGACGUGGAGCAGCUGAGGAAGGAGAACCUGGGCUUAAAGAUGCGCUUGACAGAAGAAAUGACUCGAGUACGAUCGGCAGAUCAGAACUCGGAGGACCACAAAGACAAGAUGUCCUGUGAACUGGAGGUUCUCCUCCGAGUGAAGGAGAAUGAGAUCGAGUACUUGCACAAGGAGAUCAGUUGUCUGAGGAGCGAGCUACAGUUUUUAAACACGGAAAAGCAGCUGGCUUGUGAGCGAUAUGCCGAGGUGCACGGUGAGCUGAACGGGAUGAAGGGCCGAACUGAGCGAGAGAUCCAGAGUCUGAAGGAGCACCUGAGGCUGGCCAUGGCUGCUUUACAGGAGGGACAAAAACUAGGGAACAGCCUGGACCACUGAGGGUGCCGGUGCUGGUGCUGUGGAGAACGGCGACUGGCGUUGUGCGGGCAAAAAUAAAACAUUUUUUAAAAAGUUAGGUUUUUCAGUCGAUAUGGUGACGGAGUCUAAGAGAAAGCCUUGUACAGUUGGAUCAGAACCUUAGUGACUUGGCUCUCCACCGUUCUGCCAAUCAGAAGCCAGGAGUCAUUACACUGGGCAAAUCUUAAGAGUGCACUUUUGCUUUUGGGAGCGCGAGCUUGUAUAAAAACACAUUUAGUCCUAAAACUGGAACGUCUGUUGAGUUUCUUGUAGAUAAACUAUUUUUUCUGUUUAAUUUCUUUUGACUUGUACUUAAGAAAAAGGAUCCUAAAAUUUACUGUAAUUGUUGGUUUUUUUUUUUUUGUUUUUGUUUUUUUUUUUUGCUUCCUUUUUUCAAACCCCGUAUUUAUGUUCUGUUCAACCUUUUGUGGUAAAUAUGUUGGGAUUUGAACAUGAAAAUACAGCAUGAUGUCACAAGUCCUAGCAGAGCGAAGGCGGGGCGGAGCUACGAUUGUACAGAAACGGAUUCGGACAUCUUUCAUUUGCUUAAUGAUUGUUGACCCGCAUCACAGCUGUUUGUGUUUUCACCCCAAACUUCCCGUCUCCUGACUGCACGUCGGCAUCUUCUGCAUGUGCCAGCACCACAACGCAGGUGUUGCAUCAAUGAGCCAAUUUUUAUAUGAAUAUAUUUCUUAUUGAUAAAAAGUAUUGUGACAAAAUAAUUUAACUACCUACUUUUUCAUAUUUAAUGUCCUAAAGAGCCUGUACGGUUUGUAAAUGAUACUCGUUUUUGCAAUCAAUAAAAUGACUUUGUAAUGUU